AGCCCUAAUUUCGACCCGGAAAACCGUACCAGUACCACUCCCCUAGCCCUUCCUUGACUUCCUUUCUUGUCAUCCAUUGCAGAAGAAAAGGGAGCUCCAAUGCAGAGUUGAAAACAAGCCAACUACUUUGAAGUUUGAAGCUAAAUUAUCAGUCGAAGAUGUCUGGUUCCUUCGAGGAGUUCGCUCAAUUCGACAUCUCCGUCGAGGAAAAGGACAAGCUCGUCGGAGAAGUAAUACGCUACGUGUUGUUCAAGACUGAGCAGAGCUCGGGCUGUCCGAUAAAGAGGGAGGAUUUGACUCAGUUGAUCACCGGCAAAAACUACCGGCAGAGGAAUCUCCCUGCUUUUGUUAUCAAUGAGGCUAGGAAGAAGCUCGAGGAAAUCUUCGGUUACGAAAUGAAGGAGCUUCAGCGCGCCCGUUUGUCCACCACCAAUCGCUUCUCGCAGCAAGCCACUGCUGAUGCAAAAUCAUAUAUUCUCAUCAGUAAGUUACCUCCAAAAGCCUACAAGGAGUGUGUGGAGGAUAAGAGCAAAUCACAUGUUACUGGUUUCACAUUUGUGGUCAUGAGUGUUAUUUAUCUUGCCGGAGGCAAUAUAACAGAGGAAGAUCUUUGGCGUCAUUUGAGACGGUUGGGUCUGAUGCAAACUGAUGAAAGCCAUCCUGUCCUUGGUAACCUCAAACUGGCAUUGGAGGCGCUUGUUCAGCAAAGAUAUGUGCAUAAAGAGAAAGUCAGUGGUCCUGAAGGAAAUGUUAUACAUUAUGAGCUUGCUGAGAGAGCUCUAGAUGAGGAUAUUAAUAAUAGAAUGAAAGAGUAUAUAUCCAAGAUUGUGCAAAAGGAUAUUAACACAGUGGAUGUUGAUUAGCUAUUUCUGCUGGCUGGAACGUGCGUUUGGAAAUUACUAGUGUUUUUGAUAAGUGAUCUAGGAAGAAUGUAGCACAGUGGAUGUAUUUUUGUGUUUCUAUUACUCUUCGAGGAAAGGAUGUCCUGUGCGGUGCCAUUUUGUUUCCUCUUUUGCUGUAAAUUUCUACUGUGUUGCCAAAGUGUUUAGUUUUGUGAAAUUUCCUUCUCAGCACUCUCCUUAUAUAAUACAGCUAUUGUGUAAGUAAGAUAAUCUGUGAGAACAUCAGUAGGAGAAUAUUUUCAUGGUAGCCAUUUUUCCAACUUGUUGGCUCAUUGCGGAUAUGCAGUGUUGGCCUUUUUGGUUUGUUGUCUGUCAUCAGCAUUUUGAACAAACUGAGGAUGUGCUUACUUGAAUAUGGUUGCAGUUCACAUGAAAGAGCAAGCAGGUAGGCUACUAGGCUUCUCCCCUGCAAUCUCGGAACCCGAACUUGUUUAUGUUGCAGAGGAUGAUUAUGAUUCAUCAUCAAAAGAGAAGAGAAGAAGAAAUUAAAAAGGUUUGUUGUCUGUUUUGUCUGCAUAUUGGAAUGUUAGCUAUGAGACAAGAAGGAGACGUAUGCUAUGAAUAGUAUUAGGUGGCUUCCUAUCCCUACAUUAAUGUGGAUCAUGUGAGUGGGAAGAAAACUAAGGUUGUGUAUUGACUGUGAUUACAUUACAUAUAAUAAUGUGUGUAUCUACCUCAAAACUAAAUCCUGUCCAUUGAAUUGCUUCCUGAAAUUCAUUAGCCCUUACCCACA